UAGUGAUGCAGUUGUGAGUUGCGUUAAAGCCAAUCACAAAACAAAAAAUGCCUGUAAACCUACAAUGAAAUCAAGGUAGAAGGCGCAGAAAAUUUCGGGCGAAAACUGGUGUGACGGAAGGGCUGCCUGCAGAAUUAGCAGUCCAGGACAGCCUUUUCCAGUUUAACUGCUGGCUGAAGACAAUGGAGACAGAAAUUAAGCAGGACGAAGAAGAGACCACAUUCAGUAACACUGACACUAACGGCAAGCGCCCUGCUGAGGACAUGGAUGAGGAGCAGGCUUUCAAACGCUCUCGCAACACUGAUGAAAUGGUGGAACUAAGGGUACUUCUCCAAAGCAAAAAUGCUGGAGCUGUGAUUGGAAAAGGGGGCAAAAACAUUAAAGCGCUGCGCACAGAUUACAAUGCCAGUGUAUCAGUCCCAGACAGCAGUGGCCCAGAGCGUAUCCUGAGCGUGAGUGCAGAUAUAGAGACCAUUGGUGAGAUUCUACUAAAGAUCAUCCCUACCCUGGAGGAGUAUCAGCACUACAGCGGGACUGACUUUGACUGUGAGCUGCGUCUGCUGAUUCAUCAGAGUUUGGCCGGAGGCAUUAUUGGAGUCAAAGGUGCCAAGAUUAAGGAACUGAGGGAGAACACACAGACUACAAUCAAGCUCUUCCAGGAGUGCUGCCCCCAUUCCACCGACCGUGUGGUUUUAGUGGGCGGUAAACCUGAGCGUGUAGUCGAAUGCAUCAAGGUCAUUCUGGAACUGAUUUCAGAGGCUCCCAUCAAGGGGAGAGCCCAGCCCUAUGACCCAAACUUUUAUGAUGAAACCUAUGACUACGGUGGCUUUACUAUGAUGUAUGAGGAAAGAGGUCGGCGGCCUAUGGGAGGUUUCCCCAUGCGAGGCAGAGGAGGGUUCGACCGCAUGCCUCCUGGCCGUGGCGGACGUCCCAUGCCUUCUAGGCGGGAUUAUGAUGAUCUGAGCCCCCGCCGUGGACCACCUCCACCCCCACCGGGGAGAGGAGGACGUGGGGGUAGCAGGGCCCGAAACCUGCCCCUGCCUCCACCGCCACCCCCUAGAGGAGGAGGUGAUCGAUUUUCCCACCAGAGCUAUCACAGCAAUAUGGAUGACAGACCAAACAGUGACCGAAGGGGGCGACCUGGAGACCGCUAUGAGAGCAUGAGUGGAGGUGGAUAUGACAAUAAUUCCUCUUGGGAACCCUUCCAAUCUGGUGGUCGAGGUUCAUACAGCGACAUUGGCGGUCCUGUUAUAACAACACAAGUGACCAUCCCCAAAGAUCUGGCCGGUUCUAUCAUUGGGAAAGGCGGGCAGAGGAUCAAGCAGAUCCGUCAUGAGUCGGGAGCAUCUAUCAAAAUCGAUGAGCCACUAGAGGGCUCAGAGGACAGAAUCAUUACCAUCACAGGCACACAGGACCAGAUUCAGAACGCCCAGUAUCUACUACAGAACAGUGUGAAGCAGUACUCUGGUCGGUUCUUCUAGAGCGUGGAGAUUGAAGCCAAACUGCCAUACUCAUUUACUUCAACUUGUUUUCAGAGCCUACAUUCCUCGGCUUCUUGGGUAGAUGUGCUCCCUUCCAUUUCUCCAUUUUUUUUAAACAAAACAUUUGAGGGAUAAGAUUUCUGAAAAGCAAGUGGAUCCUCUUAUUUCUUUAACGUUGUCUUUUUGUUCUUGCACGCAUUUUUUCUAUUAUGGAUUGUUUUGUAAGUCGAGGGAGCCCAUCUGUAAUGUUCACUGUUGGCCUUAUCAGAGCUGCAUGCAAAGUCUGUGUAACAUGCAGAAUGUAAACUUAAUAGUUUUUUUUUUCAAUGGCUUUAUCAUCCCAUGUUUUUUUUUUCUUGUGAUGUGGCUUUUUUGGUCAGUGUAAAUAUUCAGUUAAUCGUAGAAAUUUUAAAUAUCAUUUGUAUUUAAAGGAUAACAUCUAUUUUGAUUUGGAAAAUUGAGGGUAUCAAGGGUGGGAAGCUGAUGAAUUCCUAAGGUUUUUUUAAUUGCUAGUUUUCUCAGCCCGAUUUUCAGAUUGACAACUUCAGGAGAUGGACAGACCUGUUGUACGCCAUCGGCAUUGGGAUCCAUUCAGUCUAUCUGGAGCUUGUUUUGUACGUCUGUUUGUAAGCAUUUUUACCAUUUUAGAUUAAUCUGUCUAGACAUCUUUCACUCCACAGUUGGAGGAGAAAACAAAAAGCUUCUCUGUAAAAAUUUGUGGCAGGUCUCUGUUCUUGUAACUUUUUCUCUGUUUCCCCUGGUGUCUUUGUAGAAUGUGCAGCAAAUCUAAAAAAUAAAGUCUGUGCCACCUUUUACCAAA